ACGACACUUAUGGAGCGACGUCAGGCGAGCGCCGUGGCGAGAGCUGCUGGCCUGGGCGGAGUCGAGCGCGCUCGCAUGGAGGACGAGGAUUGCCCCGACCUGGUCCCGAUAGACGCCGGCGGCGCGGGGGAGACCGAUGGCAUCCCCGGCAAGAAGAUCCCCGUGACGAUCAUCACGGGGUACUUAGGAGCUGGAAAAACAACUCUUCUAAAUUACAUACUGACAGAACAGCAUAAUAAAAGAAUAGCAGUUAUUCUGAAUGAAUUCGGAGAAGGAAGUGCCUUGGAGAAAUCGCUAGCAAUCAGUCAAGGGGGAGAACUCUAUGAAGAAUGGCUGGAGCUCAGAAAUGGCUGCUUGUGCUGCUCAGUAAAGGACAGUGGUGUGAAAGCAAUUGAGAACCUGAUGCAAAAAAGAGGAAAAUUUGACUAUAUACUGUUAGAAACAACUGGUUUGGCAGAUCCAGGAGCUGUGGCCUCCAUGUUCUGGGUUGAUUCUGAGCUGGGAAGUGACAUCUAUCUUGAUGGUAUUGUGUCUGUCGUUGAUGCAAAGCAUGGAUUGCAACACUUGACAGAGGAGAAGCCAGAAGGCCUUAUCAAUGAAGCAUCUCGGCAGGUUGCAUUAGCUGAUCUUAUAAUCAUCAAUAAAACAGAUUUGGUUUCAGAGGAAGAAUUGAAUAAAGUCAGAACAUCGGUAAGGUCAAUAAAUGGACUUGUUAAAAUACUAGAGACACAAAGAUCAAGAGUUGAUCUCUCUAAUGUCUUGGACCUACAUGCUUUUGACAGUUUAUCUGGAGUAAGUUUGCAGAAAAAGCUUGAGCAUGUAAAGACAACGCAUGCGCAUCUAGAUAAGGCUAUAAUUACAGUAACAUUUGAAGUUCCAGGAAAUAUAAGAGAAGAAAAGUUAAAUCUCUUUAUUCAGAAUCUUCUGUGGGAGAAGAAUGUGAAAGAUAAGACUGGAUGCACCAUGGAUGUCAUAAGACUGAAGGGACUGGUAUCUAUUCAAGGCAAAUCUCAUCAAGUGAUUGUCCAAGGUGUCCAUGAGCUCUAUGACCUAGAAGAGACUUCAGUGGCCUGGAAAGAAGAUGAAAAGAGAACAAACAGACUGGUCCUAAUAGGCAGGAACUUGGACAAGGAGACCAUCAAAGAAGUAUUCAUAGCCACUGUGAUGGAAGAACAAGGCAACAGUUGACAUCAAACUACAAAAAAGAUUAAAUGUCUGUUUAACCCUUCAAGGUUUUGAUGACAGAAAAGACUGAAUGGCAUAGGCUAUAAUAGUUCUUCUAUCCUCUUGCAGUUUAUGCAACCCUGAAGUCUUCCUAAGAAUUCCAGCUGACCYACUGACUUAAAGACUAACACUUACUAGAAUCAAACACAGUUCUCCUGUUUUGURUUUGGCUGAAGUAAUGUCAGCAAUACGUACCUGUGCAGAAAUGCAGAUAGGCAARAGGCUGUUGUUUAUGUUCUACGUGAAGCAUUACUAUGGGGAUAUGGCGAAUGUGUUUGAAGCCUAGUGCUUUCUCCUGCUCACUCUCUUCCAUUGGGAAUGAAGCAAUAGUGAUUAUUGCCAGUGAUGUAAUCACAGUAGAAAGUGUUUAUAGUGUUUACUAUUAAACUGUCUUCCACUUCUUUCCACUUGCUUUGUGAUUUUUGAAUGCAUGCACCCAUCCCAGGUACUGGUAGACCUGUUGUAUAAUGAAACUAAAAAUACAUAGGUAGCAGAGGUGCAAGAUCAUGUGGAGUAUCUGUUGUCUACAUAAAAGCUGUGAAUGCAGUCUUUGGUCAUGUAGUCAACUGUUUGAAAGAUGUGGSUAAACUCUUAGACCUUCUAGGCCAUGAUCCUGCCAGUUCAGGAUUUGGGGAACCGGGGACUGGA